UUCAUUUUCAUGAAUGGAGAAAAAUCGAAUGAAUUCUCCUUCAUUUCUUCCUUUAUACGAUUAUGAAUCCCCACCAAUUUCUGAUGAUGAAUUUAAACGAUUUCAUAUGAUUGAUCGAAAACUUUAUGGUAAGUUGCUUAAUGUUUUAGGGCGUGAACCUGCUGAAUCGAUGAAAGUUAUGGCUUUUUUUCAUUGGAUUGAAGGAGUUGCAAAGAAUCGGUACUUUGUGGCUAACCUUUUUGAAUUUUCAUCUCAAUUACUUAACAAAAUUGUGGAUGAGGCUUUACUGUGUGUCAAAUGUACGGAGGAUGAAAAAUUUACUGGAUAUGAUUAUCCUGAUGAGAUUUUUUUGAUUCCUAAUAUUUUGAGGCGGAAUUUUAAUCUCAAAUACUUUUAUGAUAAUCGGGCAAGUGCUUUUAGUGGUAUCACUAAUUCUCUUAAGACUGUUUGUUUUAGGGCUUUUGAUGAUAUACAUGUUGUUAAACAGCCUAAUUAUUAUUCUAGGUCAACUUUGUUCCAAACACCAAAUGAUGAUGUUAUCAACAACCCUAUUCCUUAUGCCCCAAUUGGUGGUGGUGGUAAUCUUAUAGAAUCUAUGAUACCUAGUGAGAACAUGAUUGAAGAACUAGGAACCGUUAAUAGUAGUAGAAUGAUGUCACUUAUCAACCCUAGCCAUUUCUAUAGCGGUCCAUCCAACAUAGAAGCUAGUAGAUUAAUGAACCCUAGCCAUGGAUCGAGUCUAGAAGAAUUGGCUACUAGAAUGGUGCCAUUCAACCCUUCUCUUGUACCAAGUGCUAGCGCGGAUGAAUAUACAAGGGUGGCUAAUAGAAUGGUGCCAUUCAACCCUUCUCUUGUACCAAGUGCUAGCGCGGGUGAAUAUACAAAGGUCGCUAAUAGAAUGGUGCCAAUGAGUCCUAGUCAUGUACCAAGUGUUGGUGGUGCAUCAAACAUAGAAGAAUAUGCAAGGGCAGCAACUAGGAUGGUACCAAGUAUACUGGGACCGGUUGCUGGUGCAUCAAGCACAGAUGAUCAAUUAGCAAGGGUACCAACUAGAAUGGUGAACCCUAACCUUGUACCAAGUCAUGUGAGUGCAUCAAACAUAGAGGAAUUAGCAAGGGUUGCUGCUACUAGGAACUCUAACCUUGUACCAAGUCACAUAGAAGAAAUAGCAAGGGCUGCUGCUACUAGGAUGCGGCCAAUGAACCCUAACAGUCAUGUGAAUACAUCAAACAUAGAAGAAAUAGCAAGGGCUGCUGCUACUAGGAUGGUGCCAAUGAACCCUAACAGUCAUGUGAGUGCAUCAAACAUAGAUGAAUAUGCAAGGGCAGUUGCUAGUAGGAUGGUGCCAAUGAACCCUAGCCAUGUACCAAGCGCGGGUGGUGAGAUGCUUCUACGUUAUCCAUAUGGUGUUCCAAAUCAAAUGGUACAAUAUAUGCCACCUUAUCAUAAUUAUCCGCGAUAUGGUUCUUCAAGUGGAAGUGGAGUUUUUAUUCCACAAAUGUUGCCUACUCCUUAUAAUUAUCAUCAUGACAUUGGUGAUAUUUCUGAAAUGUUUAAGAACAACUUGAACAUUCUUGAAGAAGAGACUGAAAUUGCUCCUGAAGAUAGGACUGUCUUCUUGACAUUCUCCAAGGGCUAUCCAAUUAGUGAAGCUGAAGUCAAGGAAUUCUUCACUAGGAAAUUUGGAGAUGAUGUUGAAGCUGUUUACAUGCAAGAGGUUGCUGAAGAUGAGCAAGCGUUGUAUGCGCGGCUUGUGACUAGAUCUCCUGCUCUCCUUGAGGCUAUUGUAGAUGGUGGAAAAGCAAAGUACAACAUCAAUGGGAAGCAUGUUUGGGCAAGAAAAUAUAUCAAGAAGCAAAACCCUAAGAUCAUGUUUCUGGGACAAAGCAGCUCUUCAGUUCCAUCCACUUCACACUAAUGUUAAUGUGUCAGUGUGCUAACUUGAGGGGCCAGGGUUUUAUGAUGUAACUUUGUUGUAACUUUACUAUUAUGCUUGUCGUUGUUGUAUUCUGGAUUCUGAAUCUGUCUUUAUGUGUUGUUUCGAAUAAAACGAAAACCUUUUGACAAUA